AUGCAGCUCGCAGGUUCGUCUGGAGGCAAGCAGCUUGGCCUGCUGCUAGCAGCAACAUGCUUGGCAUCGACAGUCUCGAGUACAGCUGUUCAGCCUGCUAGUGUCGAGCUCUCGCAACCGCCAAGUACUCGAGAUCUCUCCUUGACUUCACAGCUGGCACUGAGCGCUCGCUCAGCGUUGCUCUUCAAGAGGCAUGGCAACCACGGAGAUCAAGAGGAACAAGAGGUAGCAGGACACGAGCACCGAGUGAUGGACACGCCUCUCCAGAAGGUCGAGGUCAUACAGCAUGACCACCACCACGACGCUCACCAUCGCAUCUCGCACUCCCACGAGCACUCUCACACCCUAACCGAUGAAAUGCAACUCACCGCUCCUUCCCCCGAUUCGGUCCCUGACGCCUCUAUCACAGGUACCCAUCUUCGCCAACUCCCCGUCUGGCACCACCACGGCGGCCACGGUCACUCCCAUGGCUCCGGUCCAGUCCGCGAAACUCUCAACGAAACCCUUCUCUUCCGCUCCAAAGGUCCUGACCCGCUCAGCUAUAUCGAAUGGGAUUUCGGCUACUCUCUUGGCACCGCUGAUCAGCUCCGACGUUUCACCUCAGACGCCGAUAUCUUGGCCGGCAAGGAAAAAAUGGGCGUAGUAGAUGGCCGCUGGAGGAAGCUCUUUGACGAAACCGACCCAGAACAACGAUCGGUCAUUGCCAACGACAUUGCCUCUCGUCUUCCCCUCAACCAUGGAGAGCCAAGCAGACACAGAGGCUUGCUGAUCCUGCAUGUUGUGACUGCCGUACUAAGCUGUUUUGUCUUGCUUCCCAUGGCGUUGGUGCUGAGCGCUGCUCGUUCGAGUUUAGCCCCGCUAGUCUCGCUGCUCUAUUUGGGCAUGCUGGGCGGGUCCAUGUUACUGUCGAUGGUGUAUAAGGCCUUGCUGCCCAGGCUGUAUCCAAAAAACGCACAUGGUUCGAUGGGUUGGGCAAUCCUUUGCAUCUCGCUGAUCACGCUCGGGUCGGAUGGGUUUAAGUUGGUUGGUCAGCUUUGGGCUGCUGUGUCGGCUAUGCGAUUUAGUAAGCGCGGUGGUAGUAGCAGCGGCGGUGCUUGGUUGCCGACAAGUGAUGUAAGUACUCCAACUCAAUCUUGGAGGCAUAUUGUGCGGACGAUGCUCGGUAGCGGUAAGCAUCACGCACAUGACAGUGAGAGUUAUGAUGCGUUGGAGGAAGAAGCUAUGCUCAGUGAGGAGGCACAGGCUGAUGCGCAGGAGUUGGAUGUGGAGAAGCAUCUUUCGCAUCGACUUGGGUCGAGGGUGAGUGGGUCUCGUUCGCCUCAUCGUGUGCACUUCAACGAGCAGCAGUACGAUCUUGGUCCUGGUACCAGACGCACACGUGGUGCUAGUGCAGAAUCGCUCAUCGAAGCAGUCGAUUGGGUCGGAAGCGGAAGCACUGCUGUCAGUAGUGCCGAGCAUCAUCAUCAACGCGGCAGCCCCAUCGCUUCCGACAACCUUCUCGUCGCAUCUCCCCCUACCACUGCAUGCAACACUCCCCGCAGCUCCAUGUUUGGCGGUGAUGCUAUUCAUUCGUUUUCACCCAGUCUCAAGAAUAUCUCGCUCUGGCGCAAAGAAGGCCAUCAAGGCGAAUCACACGAAAGCCUUGCUCCUGGCUCCGCCGGCAAGCUUCGAUCGAGUCGCCUGGACACUUUCCGCGCCGUAUUGCGCUACACACGUCUUGUAGCUUCUCGAUCCCUCCCCGUCCUCGCCUUUGCCACUUUGUACACCGGUUUGGCCGUCUACACCGGCUCCUGCAGGGGUGGAUACAAGAACGUUUGCUUGGCACACGGCAUCAAAGGAGGCAUCUUCUUCUGGUUUGGGUUGCUCACCUUCAGUCGAUACCUGGGAGCAUACGCGGACAUUGGUUGGGCUUGGAAUAAGCGCCCCUCCCCCGCCAGGAAGAGUGGCGGGGCAGGGUGGAGAGACAACAUGCCAACUGCCGAAUUCGUCGAGUGUCUGGUCAUCUUUAUCUACGGUGCGACCAAUACUUGGAUGGAGAGGUUUGGAGCUGCGCCAGGUGAUCCCUAUACGAUCAAGCAGAUCCAGCAUAUUUCGAUCGCGGUCAUGUUUUGGUUUGCCGGGUUGAUGGGCAUGUUGUUGGAGACUAGGGUGAUUAGGAAUAUCUUGGGGUUUCCGGUGGCCUGGAAUCAUGUUUCUGCGGUGCCCUUGAGGGAGGCUAGGCGAAGGAGGAAUGCCAGGGCGGGUGCUCGACAGCUUCAAGCAUCGGGAGGGGAGGAGGCUGCCGAGUUGGAUUUGCUGGUGGAAGCACAGACUCAACCUGCAUCGUAUUCGGCCUCCUUCAAUCCCUUCCCUGCGUUGGUUAUUGGCGUGACGGGUGUAGCAAUGGCUGCUCAUCACCAGGAUUAUGUCUACCAAGUGCAGAUUCACAUGCUGUGGGGUCAGCUGCUUGCUGGUUUUGCUCUGCUGCGUUGCUUGACAUACUUUUUGCUCUGGUUGCGACCACCUACUGCGUCGGUGUUGCCUUCGAGGCCGCCGACAGAAGCGCUGGCGGCAUUUUCGCUGUGCUGUGGUGGGUUGGUGUUUAUGCUCAGUAGCGAGGAGGUUAGCUUUGCGGCCAUGAGGAGUGGUUAUGGCGACUUUAUGGCGAUUUUGAAUGUCGCAGUUGCCGUCGUGGCACUAUUGUUCUGCUGGACAACUGGCUUGAUGCUGUUGAAAGGUUGGGCGGUGAGGAGGGAGGUCGGAAGGAGUUUGUACGGUGGGGAGGAGGAGAUCGAUGGGGUCCCUGAAAAUGCUCUGCAGCUCAAGACGGAGAGGAGGGCACCAAGACAAAUGCGAGCUAGUGUUGUGGGUGCUGCUCCCGAGGUAGAGACGGAGCCUGUUUUCGUGCUUGAGGAUGAAGAUGAGCGCGAGGAUGACGAGCUCGCCAUUACUGCUCCUACUGCCAAGUAA